AUGACCCGGCCUGACGUUGAAAAUACCGGAGCCGGAGCCGGAGAUACAAGCCGGGAUUCGUCGGUUGACGUUGAGAAGCUUGGUCGUCAACGACCAGAAGUAUUCAAGUCGAUAUGGGCCGAGUUAGGAUUCGGUUUCUCGGUGUUUUGCUCUAUGCUCCUGGCAGAAUUCUUUGUUAGUGGAUUUCAUGUCAUCCUUCCACCACUUGCUCAAGAUCUUGAAAUCCCAGCAGCUUCACAAACAUGGCCAUCAAGUGUAUUCUCUCUUGUCACAGGAGCCAUGCUCCUCCCGAUGGGUCGACUGGGAGACAUGUACGGUGGCUAUAUAGUCUUCAAUGGCGGACUGUUAUGGUUCUUGCUCUGGGCUCUCAUUGCAGGUUUCAGCAAGAACUAUAUGAUGCUUAUCUUCUGUCGAGCUCUCCAAGGUCUUGGUCCUGCUGCAUACCUCCCUGGAGGUGUUAUGUUAAUGGGUAAGAUCUACCGCCCUGGACCUCGCAAGAACCUCAUAUUCUCGAUGUAUGGAGCCUUUGCUCCACUGGGCUUCUUCUUCGGCAUCUUAGUUGGAGGUCUGGCUGCCGAAUUUCUCACCUGGCGCUGGUAUUUCUGGAUUGGCACUAUCAUCUUUGCUCUGGUAUCAGGGGUCUCACUUCUCGCCGUCCCCUUCGACUACCAUGACAGAAAAGUUGACUUACCUAUGGACUGGUGGGGUGUUGGCACUAUUGUGCCAGGCCUUCUCCUCAUCGUGUAUUCCCUUACGGACAGUUCGCAUGCUCCCAACGGCUGGGCGACACCUUAUAUCAUCGUGACGCUGAUCCUCGGUAUCCUCUUCCUCGUUGCUGCAUGGUAUGUUGAGAAGCACAAGGCUCAAGUUCCUCUACUGCCAGCCGACCUGUUUGCGCCAAAGGGUAUGAAGCGCUUCUUGGCUGUCCUUUUCAUGGCGUUCGGUACCUUUGGACUUUUCCUCUUCUAUUCGAGCUUUUACAUGGAGCUGGUACUGCACAGAUCGCCACUCAUUACGGCUGUCUGGUAUAUACCGAUGUGUGUUGGUGGCCUCAUCAUUGGCACCGUUGGAGGUUUCGUGCUGCAUUUGCUUCCAGGCAGGAUGUUGCUUUUCAUUUCCUCUUUGGCCAAUGCAAUGUGCAUGCUCCUGUUCGCUCUCAUGCCAGAGGAUCCCAACUAUUGGGCCUGGGUCUUCCCAUCCAUGGUCUGCUGCACUUUAGGCAUUGAUAUCACCUUUACAGUCAGCAAUAUCUUCCUUACGACAAACAUGCCAAGUCACAGACAAGGACUCGCAGGUGCUUUGAUCAACAGCGUUCUGUUCCUGGGAAUCAGUUUCUUCCUCGGUAUUGCCGAUAUUGCAGUUGCUGAGACCUCGGACCUAGGGCUUCGAAAGAGCUAUAAGGUGGCCUUUUGGCUGGCAUUCGGCGUGGCUUCGGUCCCCUUGCUAUUCAUCCCUUUUAUCAGUAUCGGGUCUGCUAAGAGCGACCUCACGAUUGAGGAGCGUCAAAGAUUGGAAAAUCCACAGCAAUCAAUGCCAAAGUUGGAGGCGGAGCAAGAAACAGGGCCACAUCCGCAAGAGCCGAAGGCCUUGUCAUAA